AUGGAAGUUACUCAACCUACCCAGCAAUCGACACAGGCGACCCAAAAAUAUUUGGUAGAGAAGUUUUCACAAGAACAGAUUGAUGACGAUAUUGUGUGCCGAAUAAUAUGUACCACUGGUCAGAUACCAAUACGGGAUCUACGAGCUGAUAUCGAUGAAGUAUUACAACAGAAGGAUCCUAUCAAGAAAGUUUGGACUUUUGGACGUAACGCUGGGUGUGAUUACCAUUUGGGCAAUAUAACGAGAUUGUCGAAUAAGCAUUUCCAAAUACUUCUAGGUGAAGAUGGUAAUCUUUUAUUGAAGGAUAACUCGACAAACGGGACUUGGUUAGAUGGCCAACGUGUGGAUAAGGAUAGAAAUCAGCUUUUGUCCCAAGGAGAUGAGAUUACUGUAGGAGUUGGAGUUUCCGCAGACGUACUAACGCUGGUGAUAUUUAUCAAUGAAAGAUUCAAGCAGAGGUUGGAACAGGCGAAAUCUGAAAAACUGAAAGGUAAAAAAAUCUCUAAAUCAGGUUCUGCCGGUGCUGCAGGCCUUCAAGGUGUUUUUAAGGACUUUUCCAUUAAAGAUGAAGUCGUAGGGCAAGGUGCAUUUGCAGUUGUUAAAAAGGCAGUAGAAAGAAGUACAGGUAAGACUUUUGCCGCCAAAAUCAUCAGUAAGCGUAAAUUGAUGGGAAACUGGGACGGUGUGGAUCGAGAAUUGGCAGUGCUGAGAAAAUUACACCAUCCGAGAAUUGUUAGGCUCAAAGGAUUUUACGAGGAUAAAGAAUGUUACUAUCUUUUAAUGGAAUUUGUAUCUGGUGGAGAUCUUAUGGAUUUCGUAGCUGCACAUGGAUCUGUAGGGGAAGAUGCAGGUAGGGAAAUUACUAGACAAGUCUUGGAAGCAGUUGCAUACAUUCACUCUCGAGGCAUAAGUCAUCGUGAUUUGAAGCCUGAUAAUAUACUCAUUGAACAAGACGAUCCAGUUCUAGUAAAGGUUACAGAUUUUGGGUUAGCAAAAGUGCAGGGAAACGGUACUUUUAUGAAAACUUUCUGUGGAACCUUAGCGUAUGUGGCACCCGAAGUGAUCGGCGGUAAAAACGACAAUACAGAGGAGGAAAAGAAUGAGUACUCAUCGCUGGUCGAUAUGUGGUCAAUGGGGUGUCUCGUAUACGUGAUACUCACAGGACAUCUUCCAUUUAGUGGAAGUACGCAGGAACAACUCUACGAACAGAUUAGUAGGGGUUCUUAUCACGAAGGACCUUUGAAAGAUUUUAGAAUUUCUGAUGAAGCCAGAGAUUUCAUUGAUUCUCUUUUACAAGUUAAUCCAAAUUUAAGGACUACGGCUGAGAAAGCACUGCAGCAUCCAUGGAUUAGAAGUGGCUUCCAUCAAGACAGUUUAGAAUUGUCACAGGUAUCGUUGUCACAGUCGCUGUCACAACAGAGAAUACUGGAAAGUUUAGAUGAUGCUCAAUACGAAUUCGUCAAAGUGCGUAGGCGCAUGGAAGAGGAACGUCGUAAACCACUUGCAGGUCCUCCUGUUUCUCAAGGCUUUAAGGUUCCGCAACAACCACCUAUUCGUUAUACCCAGCCUAAGGUAGCCGCACCACAACCUUUAGAGUUAAGUCACCCAUUAGAUGCCAUUAGAUUGUCGAACAAGAAGGGCGGUGGUAAAUUCCUUACCCUUCAUCCGUUACCAGAGAGUCGUAUACAAGAGCUCAUCAAAGUAAAACAAGGUGUCAAUCCUUUUUUUGUUGGAAGGUCAGAUGAUUGUAAUUGUAAGAUAGAAGACAACCGUUUGUCUAGAGUACACUGUUUUGUCCUCAAGAAAAGACACGUAGUUGGUGAUUCUCUUUAUGAAUCACCAGCUCAAGGUUUAGAAGAUAUUUGGUACUGUCAUUCAGGCACUAACGUAUCGUAUUUGAAUAAUCAAAGGAUGACACCCGGGACCAAAAUACUUCUACAGAACGGCGAUGAGAUAAAGAUCAUAUGGGAUAGAAUUAACAACUUCACGAUAGGAUUCAAAGUUGAACUUAAUGAUACCACAGGGCUUUUCAACAAUGGUGUUGCCGUGCCACCAGACCAAAGGACUAUUGAAGCUCAGACAGAAUAUGAAAAAUCGUUAGUACAAAAACUGGGUCAAAUAAUGGCACAUAAGAGAUUAGAUUCUCAAAACAAUCCAGACCAACCAGGGACUUUACUCAAGAGAGUUCACUCUGUAAGUCUGUCACAGUCUCAGAGUGAUCCUACAAAGAAAGUCAAAAGAGCUAAACUAGACCAGGCGAACGAACCUCAAGGUUUGCCCUUCUCAUGA